GGGUCGCGGACACCACUAUGGCGCGGAAGAAGGUGCGGCCGCGGCUGAUCGCCGAGCUGGCCCGCCGCGUGCGCGCUCUGCGCGAACAGCGGGAGCGUCCGCGCGACUCGCAGCUCUACGCCCUGGACUACGAGACCCUGACGCGGCCGCACUCGGGCCGCCGGCUGCCAGUGCGCGCCUGGGCCGACGUGCGCCGCGAGAGCCGCCUCCUGCAGCUGCUCGCCCGCCUCCCGCUCUUUGGCCUGGGCCGCCUGGUCACGCGCAAGUCCUGGCUGUGGCAGCACGACGAGCCUUGCUACUGGCGCCUCACGCGCGUGCGGCCGGAUUUCACCGCGCAGAACUUGGACCACGGGAAGGCCUGGGGCAUCCUGACCUUCAAAGGGAAGACGGAGGCCGAGGCCCGGGAGAUCGAGCAUGUCAUGUACCACGACUGGCGGUUGGUACCCAAGCACGAGGAGGAGGCUUUCGCCGCCUUCACUCCUGGGACGGAGGAUAGCCCGCGCCCCGUGCCCUACCCACCGCUGCUCCGAGCCAUGAUCCUGGCUCAGCGGAAGAAAAGCGGGGACACUAGCGCGGAGGAGCCCCUGCUGAACCUGGAGAGGACUCGUGCGGACCCUUGGGACUACCCGGCGAAACAGGAGGCCAAGGGGCGGGCCAAGCGGACCCCGGUCUAAUGGGGCCGGGCCUGAGAAGCGCCUGGGGGUGAGGCGGGGGGGGGGCUCCUUGUGAUGGACGUCUUUGGGUGUACCCCCUUCCGGCGAACCCCCUUCCGGCGACUUGUUCCGCGGCCUUGCGUUUUGGUGGGGAGAAGUGGGGCGCCUCUGUUGCCCCAGCAUCCCCCUCCGAGGCAGGGGUCCCACGCGCUGGCCCCACCUCCAGGCGGCCCCUUCCCCGUUGCUCUGGCUGGGAAUAAACGCACUCUGUAUCCUG